CUCAACUUUUUAGUCAUCCCAGCCACAUUGCUCGUGUGCUCAACAGCCACACGUGCUAGUUGCCCCCCUUUUUGGAGAGUGCAGGCAUGAAACAUUCCCAUCACCACAGAGAGGUGUAUUGGACAGUGUUGAUCUGGAGAAUUCUGAAAUUAAAAGGCCAUCUGGUUUCUCAGAUGCAAUGGAAGCCCUGCUUUCACAGCUAUAAAAGAUUACCAAAUGCUUAUAUAAGUGUUGGGAGGGGUCCUAGGAACUUCACAGAAAGUAAGAGGUCAACCCCAAAUUUGUGUUAAGUUUAGGAAAAAUUUGAAAUAAGCAGUUUAGGAAGAACUCCAAGCUGGGAAGGAUAGGCCCUGUCCUCAUGAGUCAGCGGAGUUACAGAGAGCCAAAACUUACACUUUAAGAUUUGUCCAAAUGUUAAAAGAAAGUAAAACAUUUGCAGCUUGGUGCGCCAUAUGAUCUCUGUUUCAACUGCUCAGUCAAGUAUAAUAUUGCAGCAUAAAAACAGCCAUCUGUAAACGAAUGGAUUUGGCUGUGUGCCAAUAAAACUUUAUUUACAAAAACAGGUAGUGGGCCAGAUGUUUUGCCCCGUUGGUAUAGAGAGACCUCCGAGUCUGAACAUGCUCGUGCCGGGUCUCCCUUCCCCAGUGAUAACCAGUUGUCCCACAUAGAGGUGGGAGUGGUCUUUGCUGAGCCAGAACAUGUGUGCUAUUUUAGGAAUCAGUCACCUUUGAGGAUGUGGCCGUGGGGCUCCUCCAGGAGUGGGUGUUGCUGGAUGGUGCGCGGAGAAACCUGUGCAGAUACGUGAUACUGGACAACUGCAGGACCUUGGCCUCCAGGGGUAAGGAACUCCACCAUGCAAACCCAGUCAGAUCUCCCAGCCGGGGCCAAGAGCAGAGCCAAGGGCAGCAGAACGAGGGAUUCUCCAGGUCACGGGUGCAGACUGGGAAUCUCAACUUAAACCCAAAGAGUUGACUUCUAUGCAGGAUAUUUUGGAAGAAACACCAUCCAGUGACAUGCAAGUGGGGCCGGGGCUGUUCCCGAGAAUGCAGAUCGGGCCCUCCAUGGGAGAGAGGGGGACACCAUGGCCUCAAGAAGACUGGCCAGCUCUCCAGGCAUCUCCUUGGUCCCCGGGAUGGACAGGACUGAAGGUGGCUGUGCAGAUUCAGAGGAUGGUGACGCUGGUGCCCACGCUGGGCCACCCUGACCCGUGGGUGGCCGGGGCAUCUGCUCUGCCUGCGGCGGGCCCUGCCUGGCUCCAGGAGGACAGCGCACAGGAAGAAGCCGUGGCUCCUGGGUUGCUGACCACCUGUUCACACGAACCAGUCACCUUUGCAGAUGUGGCUGUGGUGUUCACCCCAGAAGAAUGGUUGUUCCUGGACUCUGCUCAGAGGAUCCUGUACAGAGAUGUGAUGCUGGAGAACUACAGGAACCUGGCCUCCGUGGCAGGAGAUCAACUCUGCAAACCCUGUAUGUUGUCCCAUUUGGAGCAAAGAGAAGAGCUGUGGACCAAGGAGAGAGGAGACGUCUCAGAUACCUGUGUAGAACCUCAGCUUCAACCCAGAGAGUCAAUUCCUGGUGAAGAUAUUUUUGUGGAGCUUCCGUCCAUUGGCAUGAAAAGGUACCAGAGAAUUCAUGCGGGAGAGGCCCCCUACGAAUGUCAAGAGAGUGGAAAUUCCUUCUUCCAGAGCACUCACCUAAUCGUGCCUGAGAAAAUCCAUGGUGGGGAUAAAACCUAUGCAUGUAACCAAUGUGAAAAGUCCUUCAGAUACAGCUCUGACCUCAUCAGGCACAAGAAGACUCAUACUUCAGAGAAGUGCUUUGAAUGUCAAGAAUGUGGGCAAGCCUUCAAGUAUUCAUCAAACCUGCGGCGACACUUGAGAACCCAUACUGGAGAGAAGCCCUUCGAAUGUAGCCAGUGUGGGAAAACCUUCACGAGGAACUUUAACCUGAUUUUGCACCAGAGAAACCACACAGGAGAGAGGCCCUAUGAGUGUAAGGAUUGCGGGAAGGCGUUCAAUCAGCCGUCAUCCCUCAGGAGCCAUGUGAGAACUCACACGGGAGAGAAGCCCUUCAAGUGCAGCCAGUGUGGGAAAGCCUUCAGAGAACACUCAUCACUGAAGACCCACCUGCGGACCCACACCAGAGAGAAACCGUAUGAAUGUAACCAGUGCGGCAAGCCCUUCCGGACAAGCACUCACCUGAAUGUGCACAAGAGGAUACACACAGGGGAGAAACUGUAUGAGUGCGGGACUUGUGGUCAGGUCUUGAGUCGUCUCUCAACCCUAAAGAGUCACAUGCGAACUCACACUGGAGAGAAGCCCUACGCAUGCCAGGAAUGCGGGCGAGCCUUCAGUGAGCCCUCCUCCCUCAGAAAACAUGCGAGGACUCACAGUGGCCAGAAGCCAUAUACGUGCCAGGAAUGUGGGCGGGCGUUUGGUCAGUCUUCACACCUCAUUGUGCAUGUGAGAACACACACUGCGGGGAGACCCUAUCAGUGUAAUCAGUGUGAUAAAGCCUUCAGACACAGCUCCUCACUCACUGUGCACCAAAGGACCCACAUGGGGAGAGAGAACAUUAGGAAUGGUGGCCUGCCUAUACCAGUGUCUCAUUCCUAUGGUGGGCCCCUUGCUAAUUAACUUCCAGUUUGUAGAAAUAUAAACAUUUGGGGCUAUCACUGUUCCUCAUGGUACUCCUUUAGCAGUAUCCUAUGUUUGAAUGUAUAAUGUUUUCAUUUUGGUUUAAUCCUAAGUAUUGUGUUAACUUCCAUUAUCACUUUUUCUUUGACCCACGCGUUAUUUGGAAUUAGAUUUUUCAAUACUAGUACAUGGAUAUAUUUUCAGAGAGCUAUAAUGACAUAGUGAAAUGCAUACAUUUUAAGCAUACUGUUGGAUGAAUUGGACGGAUGUAUACAUGUAUGUAACCAACACCCUAUUCCAGAUGUAGAAUGUUUCUGUCAUUCUGGAAGGUUCCUGCAUGUUAUAUGGCUGUUUCUUAGUUGCCUUUCUGUUUUUGGUUUCUAAUUUAAUUACAUGGUGAGCAGAG